AAAGCUUCAUGGUUGGCCGAUUCUGUCUCCAUCCAAUUUGCCCAUCGUGACUUCUUGGCAUAAAAUUUUUAUGGCGCGAGAUUCCGAACGUAUUUGUUGCGCGCGUGUCCCUCGUCAGAUGAGAGAAUUUCAGUGUGACUUUCUGUUUCACGGUUUACCUUCUUCGCCGCUGUCAUUUCGACUGUCGCCGCCUACAACCGUUGCGUUGCGUUUCGAUAGUUCCACAAAAGAGAUCCUUGGUUCCCUCAGUCUGACUACAUCGAGCUUUCAAGUAGCAGCAGCAAGUAGUUGCCCCAGCGUCACCGACUAUACGGUGCCCCGUUGUCCCACGCAUCUUCGAGACCGAUUGCCAUACCGACACUGAUAACGGAUUGUGCCUUUGCGACCAUUUCCUUGCGACAAUAUUCCUUGCGACUGUCCAUUGCAGCCAUUGACCAUUGCGACAACGGACCAUUCCAUCGCGAUCCCCACGCAAAAUGCCCAACUGGAAGGACCUAUUAACGAACCGCGACCGCGACUUCUACCCAGAGGUCGUGGUCCCCCUCGCCCGCGACUCCACGUCCGCCGUCAACGAGGCCAAGAACGAGGCGAAUGCCCAGGAAAAGGGCGUGGCCGGAGCUCUAACGCUGGAAUCCCUGCGCGCAGAAAUCGAAGCCGGUGUUGUGGUUUCCGGUCAUGACUCUGUCUAUGACCGGAAAGCAAAGAUUAUCAACAGAGCUAUCCAGGAUAUUGGCAUGGGCCGUUACCAAUGGGGCCUGUUUGUCCUCUGUGGCUUUGGCUGGAUUGCUGACAACCUUUGGCUCCAGGGCGUCGCUCUCACACUCACUCCGCUCUCCAUGGAGUUUGGUGUCACAGAGUCCGAGUCCCGAUUUGCGACGUGUGCGCUUUUCGUUGGUUUGAUUGUGGGUGCGACUUUCUGGGGUAUUGCCUCUGAUAUCAUCGGACGACGACCGGCAUUCAACUGCACGCUUUUCCUCUGUGGUGCCUUUGGUCUUGCUGCGGGUGGGGGGCCUAACUGGGUUGGAACCUGCGCUCUGUACGCGUGCCUUGGCCUUGGUGUUGGCGGAAACUUGCCUGUUGAUGCAGCCGUCUUUCUCGAGUGUCUUCCUCCCGACUCGGCUGACUUACUGAGUGGUCUGGCAACAUGGUGGUCCGUGGGAACACUCAUUUCCAGUAUGCUCGCCUGGGCCUUCAUCCCCAACUUCUCCUGUGAAGACUCUGCAACCUGCACGCGCGCCGACAACUGGGGCUGGCGCUAUCUCGUCCUCUCCCUCGGCGCGGUGACAUUCACCAUGUGGAUCUGCCGCUUCUUCUUCUUCACAUACUUUGAGUCCCCCAAGUUUCUUGUCUCCCGGGGCCGCGAUGACGAGGCCGUUGCUGCCGUGCAGGGGAUUGCGCGCAAGAACAGGACGACCACUUGGUUGACCGUCGAGGUUCUUAACGAGGUUGGCGGAUUACCCGCGGAGGAUAUCGCACAUGCCAAGGAGACGUCUGCCUUCAGCGCUGUCAGGCGCUCGCUUCAGCGGUUCUCGCUGCAGCAGAUUAAGCCGUUGUUUGCAACGAAGAAGCUUGGGUUGUCGACCGUUCUGAUCUGGUUCUGCUGGACCUGCAUCGGCAUGGGCUACACGCUCUUCAACGCCUUCCUCCCGCAAUACCUCGGCGCAAACUCCUCAACCUACGAAACCUACCGCAACUACGCCAUCACCGCCGUCUGCGGAAUCCCCGGCCCCAUCCUGGCCUGGUACCUCGUCGGCGUCCCCUACAUCGGUCGCAAGGGCACAAUGGCCAUCUCCACCGCGAUAACCGCCAUCCUCCUCUUCUGCUUCACGGCCUCCAAGGACCCAAACGUGCAACUCGUCUGCUCAGCCCUCGAAUCCUUCUUCCAGAUGAUGAUGUAUGGAGUGCUGUACGCGUAUACGCCCGAGGUCUUCCCGGCGCCGAAUCGCGGGACAGCGAGUGGGGUUGCGAGUUGCCUUAAUCGCAUUGCGGGCCUCAUGGCGCCGAUUAUUGGUAUUUAUGCGAGUAGUAAUGCGCUUGCGCCGAUUUAUGCGUCUGGUGGGUUGCUGCUUGCCGCGUUUGUGGCGAUGGUGUUUUUGCCGAUUGAGACGCGGGGGAAGCAGACUAUGUGAGUUGGAGGUUGGAUACUUUACCCUACUGCUGUGGUCACGGGAGGUAUGGUGGAGGCGUAGAGUGGACGAAAAGACAUUCCGAAUCCUACUAUGAUAUGGGGACGUUGGAAUAGGCGGCGGCCUUUACGAUUAUGCAUUGAAACGAUCAUGUUGUACAUUAUAUAUCCCAUAUACUCCAGCCAGUAAAGAAGGAUAUACCUACAUUGUGCAUGUACCACGCAUAUACAAGACGCGACUUAUAAUGGCCAUGCUUCGCAAAGUUUCUUCAUGGCCACACCAAGGCAGCCACAAUCUGGCUUAAAGUGAAUAAGGCUAUAGAAAGCACAGUAUCACGUAAGAACAAACAGACCAGAAUUCACUUCGUGCAACGCGAUCCUGUCCUGUUAUAGAUACGUACGUACAAGUAGAAUACGUGCAUGGAAUAUUCCGCUAACCGACAUUUGUCGCAUUAGCUCACAGCAGCUCGAGCCUUUCUUGAAAUACCCUCUUGGAUAUCCCUUUUAUCCAGCCCAACCAGCUUCUUCACAGUCCCAUCAAAAACCUUCCUCCAACCCACUGCAUUCAGAAACCAAAUCAGCCACGCAUUCGUGCCUUUCCACAGAUACUCCCCCUUUCCAUAUCCUGGAGAUUUGAUAAGGAUAUCCUUGACAACCUGCGAGGCGAACUCCUCUGGACCCAUGCUGUCCUUUGCAUGGUUACGGCUUCGCUCCUUCACCUUGUCCGAAAGAUCACUGUAUAUACUUUCGGAACCAAAGCAGAUAUCAUCUGGAGACAUGAGCCGUGUGCGGACCUCGCCCAUGAAUAGCGUAACGACCUUGAUGCCCAGCGGCUCAAGUUCGAUCCGGAGCGUAUCGCUGUACGACGCCACGGCGGCUUUGGAGGCAUUAUACGCGGCGGAAAAUGGGAAGGGGAGCCGGGCAAGGAUCGAGGCGGUAUUGAUGACCACCGGUGGUACUGAAUUCUGGGCCGAGCUCGAGGCGAUGAGAAGCGGCGCGAAUGCGGAAACCAUAUCGAAGAGCCCGUGGACGUUUGUGUCGAACAUGGUGCGGAUGCGCGCGGCGUCGGCUUCGAUUGCUGGGGCUUCGUACACUAGGUACAAGGACAUGUUGGUUAGCAGGGUGAGCUUGGUUAACUGCCUGCGAUAUUAUUGAAAGGAUACACCCCACCGAGGUUAAUACAUACUCAUGCCGGCAUUAUUGAACAGCAGGUCUAGUUUCCCCCCUGUUCGCGUAACGAUUUCCUUCUUUAGUGCUUGGAUGCUGUCUGCACUUGUAACAUCGAGUGGAAACGUCUCUAUACCCUUUCCCUCGAGACUCGAUAGAGACUUGGUUGACCGGGCAGUUGCAAAUACGCGCAGACCGUGGGCAGCAAAUUCGAGGGCGAGAGCGUGGCCCACUCCACCUGGUGAGCAACUGGUAUUGAGAUGGUGGUCAGCUUAUGUCCAUUGGGCCUCGCGGAGUAGAGUCGGAGGGAUAGUUUGAAGAUUACGAACCCUGUAAUGAGAAUUGAUCGCUUCGAAGACGAGGGCAUAUUUUGUGUUUAUAGACUGAGUACGGAGCUGGAGUUUGAAAUUAGUUGAUGAUUGUUGUAUAGACGUUUCAUAUCGAAUGUGCUUGGCGGCCAGUGGGCGCACGAUAAAUAAGCAGCAGUAGCAAGGGUCGAUGGUCAGCUGCAACAAUAUUGCCACUGGUCUGAGACUUGAACCGUCCCAAGGGACGCUCCUGUUAUCAUCCAGUCAUUGAUU